AUUGGAAAAACGCUGGACUAAAUGUAUAGAGCUAAAAGGAGAUUAUGUUGAGAAAUAAAACGCUUCUUUGACGAAAAAAAUAUAUUUUAUUCAAAAAGUCACGGACUUAUCAAACGACCCUCGUAAUAAUAGAAAAGAAAUCAUAGCUUCAAGAACCACUUUAUUAAAAAAGGCUCUCAGGUGUUUAGUUUACAUAGGAUACUUCUGUAAUGAAUAUAUAUUUACUGCGAGGGUAUAAAAGCUUCGGCUUGUUCUUUUAAUGUUGCACUGCACUGGUUUUGAACGCUUAAUUGUUUUAAUUGAUCACAAUGUACUUGAGGAUGCUCUCCUUUCAACUCCUAUUGAUCUCAAGUUAGUUUUCGAUCGAGAGGCGUUGAAAUCGGACGCGUCUUGCAUUUUUUAGAUGAACUAAGUUAAAUCUCGAAAUGCAUCUCACAUACAUCCUGACCAUUGUACUUAUGAUGGUUGGAGCUCCAACGCAGGGAGUUGAUUGCGAUGGAGGGGACUGUCUGCCGUAUCAUCGUUGCUUGUAUGCCAAGAAGUUGAAGAAGGUUCCGUACUGUGCCGAUGGAACCGUCUGUUGCAGGCCACCCACAAGACCCACGAAUGACUCGCCGUCGAGAAGAGCCUGCCAGGAUUAUUCAAACGACCAGUCCUUCUGCCCACCGGAGCUCCUCAUUUCCCACAGCAAUGGGACCGACCGACAUGAGCGUCAGUACAUGGCGGUGAUCGGGAAGAGGAGCCGCGGAAGCGCGACGGAAAAGCCGGAAUGGAUAUGCGGCGGCACAGUGAUUCACGAGAGAUACGUGCUAACUGCGGCCCAUUGCAUCCUACUCGUGGAUGAAGACCCGGACUUCUUCGUUGGGCUGGGUGCCUACAACAAAAGCGAGAGCCAGGUUUAUCAGGUGGUCAAGGCUAUCCAUCACCGGGACUACGACGCAUUGAGCUUAGUAAAUGAUAUUGCCCUGCUGCAGCUGAACGAAACCAUCGUUUUCAAUGCGAAAAUCAAGCCAGCCUGCCUGGCCACGUCUCCAGUGGAGGAUCACGAGGCGCUGACCGUUAGCGGAUGGGGUUACCUGGACUCUGUGAGUCAAAGGCAGCCCGAUGAGCUGCGCAAAGCAGACUUGCAGGUACUCAACAUUUCGGACUGCUCCCGGGCCAGCAGUGACAUGCACAUCUGCGCCGGCGGAGUCAACAAUAUCAGCGACGUGUGUCACGGGGAUUCCGGAGGACCAUUGGCCAAGUGGCAUCCCAGGUGGGGCGGCUGCCUGGGUCAGGUCAUCGGCAUUGUAUCCAAUGGCGGAUUAUGCGAUGCCCAAUAUCCGCGUACUAAGUUCACGAACGUUUAUUUCUAUGUCGAGUGGAUUGAAAGUAUCGUUUGGCCUUCCAAAGUGAAGAAGUAAUUGAACAUAAUUUUCUGAAUAAUAAGUUAACGUUCGAACGAAACAUUUGCAUACUGCACUACAUCUAUCAACAAUGCAUCUUUAAUUUUAUUUUGAAUUUAACGCUUCAGCUUUUUUGCUUAUAUUCAAAUACAGUUGUUUUACUACCUCCUCCUCCUUUCUAGGAAAUACGCCAAUAAAUUUAUAUCACUCUAA